CUCUCUCUCUCUCUCUCGCUCUCUCUGUCCGUGGUUGAUGAUAGUGUGCUGCGUGUGAAGGCGUGAGUGGAGGAGACGCAUCCUCACUGCGAGUUUCGUGAGGACGAGAAGCUCUCGAUGCCUGAUUUGGAACGACUCAGGGUUUGUUCUUCCUGCACUCGUCCGUUUCUGUGCUUCUCUUCUUUUUAACGCGUGAGAGGGACAAAGAGGGAAAAAAGAGAGAGAGAGAGAGAGAGAGAGAGAGAGAGAGAGAGAGACACAGAGAGAGAGAGAGAGAGGAAGAUAUGGUGAGAGGAUCCGAGACACAUCCUGCGCUGGUCUCUCAACACUUGGGGAUUUUUUUCCUUUUCUCAUUGUCUUUCUCUGCUCAGCGUGAGCUUGGACUCACUCUGCCUCACGUUCUGCCUCGCGCUCUGCCUCACGUUCUGCCUCGGGCUCUGCCUCACCUUCUGCCACUCGCUCCGACCGGCACCCACCAACAAACGGCAAGAACAUUUGAUCAAGUUUUAAUGCUGCCUUCACGUGCUCUUGUCAGAUUCUCUGCAUAGCUGCACGCGUUUACGUUCUGAGCUCACGAACGUUUAUUAACUCACAGAUAGUUAAUAGUGCAUUAACGCCUAUGAACACUUGUGAAUGCUUGUAAUUGCUUAUUAAAUCAUAUUAAAGCUUAUUAAUUAUUAUGAACGCUUAUGAACACUUAUUAGCUUGCACUGAUGUUAAUUAAUGCUAAUGAAUGCCUAGGAACGCUUAUUAAUGCUUAUUAGCCCUCACUGAUGUUUAUUAAGGCUAAAUAAUGCUUAUAAACACGUAUUAAUGCUUAUUAGUCCUCACUGAUGUUUAUUAAUGCUUGUUAACACCUAUGAUUGCUUAUGUACGCUUAUUAGCCCUGACUCAUGUUUAUUAAUGCUAAUUUAUGCCUAUGAACGCUUAUGAGCGCUUAUUAACUGUCAUUGAUGCUAAUUAAUACUAAUUUACACUUAUGAGCACUUAUGAUUGCAUUCAAACACUUAAUAGCUCUCACUGAGGUUUAAUGAUGCCAAUUAAUUCUUAUGAACGCUUAUGAACGCUUAUUAACUGUCAUUGAUGCUAAUUAAUACUAAUUUACACAUAUAAAGCACUUAUAAUUGCUUGUGAACACUUAUAAACUGCUUAUUAGCAUUCACUGCUGUUUAUUUAUGCUAAUUAAUGACUAUGAUGCUUAUGAUUGCUUAUUAACUGUAAGUGAUGGUUAUUAAUGCUAUUUGAUACUCAUAAAUGCUUAUUACCACUUAUUAGCACUGGCAACACUUUUUACAUCUAAUAGAUGCAUAUUAAUGCUAAUUAACAAUAAUUAAUGAUGUAAGUGUUAUUUAUGAACACAUUACUAAUUAACACUAUAAGUGCUUAUUAAAGGUUAUUAACUCUUAUUUACUCUCAUUAACGAGUCAUGACAUGCCGAGACUCACAGAAACUCGCUCAGCGAUCUUUCGAAGUCGUGUUCCUGCACUUCUGAGGGACAGUUUCGCUGCGUCACUCGUAUAAACCAUGAGUUAGCGAAAUCGUCACAACCUAGCAUACAUUCGCCAUCCAUGUUUCCCAGUUGCCUAGCAACAGAGAAAUCACUAAGUCCGUGACCGCGAUUGUAAUUACGGCUUGGGGAUGUUCACACUCGACUGACGUAAAGGCAGCAUUAGCUUGACGCUGCAUUCCUGAACUCCUCCAGACGUUUGAUUUUCACGCCGUUAAAGACUGAGAUUUUUUUCUAGAAGCAUAAUGAUGAGAGAACUGAGUCAGGAACCGGGCAGACGGGACGCGGCGAAGCGCCAGGACUGCCUGGGAGCUCGCGGGCAGGAAAGCAGGCCGGGGUCGAGCACGAGAGGAACAGAAGACGGAAUAUGGAGGACUGAAGUGCAUUUCCGCUAAAACAUUCACAACUCCAGCAUAAGUAACGUUGGGAAAAACUCGGAAUCAUGACUUUCUUUUUUUUUUUUUUUAGAUGAGGCGCCAACUUAAAUGUGUUUUCUAUAAUCUUAUAACCAUAUAGCACCAAAGCUAGCUCAUACACUUACCGUAUGCUUACGGCGUUCACGUACAGUUGCUAUUAGCAUACUUUUACAUGGUAUGUAGUUGGCGUUUCCUUACACGCUUCUAUAGUUAGUAUUCUCGUACACUUUUACGUACUUAGCAUACUCGUACAAUCACUUAUAGCUAGCAUACUUUUACACUCUUUUGUAGUAAGCGUUCUCUUACACAUUUCUAUAGAUAGCAUACUCUUACAAUCGCAUAUAGUUAGCAUACUUUUGCACGCUUCUAAAAUUAUUCAGUGGUUGUAGAAUUAUUAGCACACAUAGCCAUGUGCUCUUUCUGCACGUUAGCAUUAGCCUUAUGGAACACGUAACGUCACAUGUAAACGUAAUUUAUACACUAAAAUAACUUUGACAGUCAGCGUUUUUGUUUGAUCGAGGCAUUUAGCACUUUUUUUUGGUUGGCUAGUUCCAGGAUUUAGAGCUAUCUUUCGGUGAAAGUAGCAUAACGCUGAAUUGUGUGUUUUAAUGGUUUGAAAUUGCCACUAAUCACCGCAUAGAAGCACAAGGACGUGGGCGUGAGUGAUCCUGGUCGAACAUGAGAGACAGGUGUAGCGCAGCGCUGAGUGCACUGAAGGACCAAAACCCAAACAAAAACUCAAACCGCCCAAGAGACGUCGAGACACCUGGACUAGCAUGUGAACACAACAGCAUUUUGAGACGCGUUAGCGCUUUUCCGUCCGGCGCUCGGGAUCUAAAAGAGACCGCAGGAAUCGUUUACUCCUACUGAGGGUCCAAUACAUCAACAUCAGCAUCAGUUCUGCUGUAGACCACGCCCGCCUCAGGCGGAAAAGCAUCGCCACUGGGCGCCAGCCGAGCAUGGAGACCCCUCCCAUAGCCCCCCCUCAACCCUUCCGACAAUCAAGUUUUCUUGGACGAAGAUUGAAGGGGUCUAUAAAACGAGCGAAGAGUCAGCCCAAGCUGGACCGCACCAGCAGCUUCCGCCAAAUGAUCCUCCCACGAUUCCGCAGCGCUGAUCAGGACAGGACUCGUCUGAUGCAGAGCUUUAAAGAGUCACAUUCCCAUGAAUCCCUGCUGUCUCCCAGUAGUGCGGCCGAGGCACUAGACCUCACGCUGGACGAGGAUGCCAUCAUCAAACCGGUUCACUCCAGCAUUUUAGGGCAGGAGUACUGCUUUGAGGUGACCACUGCUUCAGGAACAAAGUGCUUCGCCUGUCGGUCGGCUGCAGAACGAGACAAAUGGAUCGAGAAUCUACAGAGAGCUGUGAAGCCCAACAAAGACAACAGCCGGAGGGUGGACAAUGUCUUGAAGCUCUGGAUAAUCGAGGCCCGGGAGCUGCCACCCAAAAAACGCUACUACUGUGAACUGUGUUUGGACGACAUGCUGUACGCACGCACCACCAGCAAACCCCGUACCGACACUGUCUUCUGGGGCGAGCACUUUGAGUUCAACAACCUCCCAGCAGUCCGCAAUCUCCGGCUUCAUCUCUACAAAGAGACGGAUAAGAAAAGACGCAAGGAGAAAAGCACAUAUCUAGGACUGGUCAGCAUCCCCAUAUCCAGCAUCACUGGUCGGCAGUUUGUAGAGCAAUGGUACCCUGUGAUUCAACCCAGUGUCCUGGCCAAGGGAGGGGGUGUAGGAGGGGGCAAGAUCAUUAAUGCCUCUUUGCGACUCAAGUCUCGCUACCAGACCAUGAGCAUCCUGCCAAUGGAACUGUACAAAGAGUUUGCCGAGUACGUCACCAACAACUACCGGACCUUGUGUGCUGUCUUGGAGCCUCUGCUGAGUGUUAAAAGCAAGGAGGAGGUAGCCUGUGCACUGGUGCAUAUCCUACAAAGCACAGGGAAGGCAAAGGACUUUCUUUCAGACAUGGCGAUGUGUGAGGUAGACCGAUUCAUUGACCGAGAGCACCUUAUUUUCCGUGAGAACACCUUAGCCACCAAAGCUAUCGAAGAGUACCUCAAACUCAUCGGACAUAAGUACCUCAAGGAUGCUUUAGGUGACUUCAUCCGAGCGCUGUAUGAGUCAGAGGAGAACUGCGAGGUUGAUCCCAUGAGGACUCCACCUUCUGUUCUACUGGACCAUCAGGCAAAUCUUCGCAUGUGUUGUGAGCUUGCACUCUGCAAAAUUGUCAACUCACACUGUGUUUUUCCACGUGAGCUGAAGGAGGUCUUUGCGUCAUGGAGAGUACGCUGUGCAGAGAGGGGAAGGGAGGACAUUGCUGACCGCCUGAUCAGUGGCUCCCUCUUCCUGCGCUUCCUUUGUCCGGCUGUUAUGUCCCCAUCAUUAUUCAACCUCACCCAGGAAUACCCGGAUGAGCAGACUUCACGCACACUCACCCUCAUAGCCAAAGUGCUGCAGAACCUUGCUAACUUCUCCAAGUUUGGCAGUAAGGAGGAGUACAUGUGCUUCAUGAAUGAGUUCUUAGAGAUGGAGUGGGGCUCCAUGCAGCAGUUCCUGUAUGAGAUCUCCAAUCUAGACAGCAUAAGUAAUGCCGGGGCUUUUGAAGGAUACAUUGACCUGGGAAGAGAGCUUUCAGUCCUGCACAGCCUUCUGUGGGAGGUCAUGGCUCAGCUGAGUAAGGAUGCCAUUAUCAAACUUGGACCAUUACCCCGCCUCCUAAAUGACAUUAGCAUGGCCCUUCGCAAUCCUCACCUCCAAAGACAGCCCAGCCACCAGACAGACAGACAACCUCCGGAAAGGCAGACAGACCGGUUACUCUCUCGACCCAGCUUCAACAGGGGAAUCUCCUCAGAAUUUCAGAACCUCAUGAUGAGGGACCUUAACAGUUCCAUAGAUAUCACUCGCUUGCCUUCCCCAACCUCUGCCAUUUCCAGUGGUGUUCCUCCACCACGAACGGGAAUGGGUGGCUAUGUUGAUCGGGAUCAUCCACAUCGGGCCUCUUCUAAAGAUGUGUUCUAUGUCACCCGUCCCCCGCUGGCCCGGUCCAGUCCUGCGUACUGUACAAGCAGCUCAGAUAUCACCGACCCAGACGCAAAGGACUCAAGAAUGAACAGCGUCUCUAACCUGCAGUCUGUGGGGGACAUGCUCAACUCUCCCCAGGCCUCACUUGCUGGGUUCGGUGGCCUUGGUGGUGCUGGAGGAGGCCUCGGAGGUCAGCUGCGUGCAGGCGGAGGGCGGAUGUCAGCCGGCUCGGGUGGUUCCAGCGUGUCCGGCGGCCUGCGACUAAGCCAGUUGAGCCAGAUGGGGACCACCACUGAUUCGCUGUCCCAGCAGCAGCAGCAGCAGGCUGCCGCACUCCGCUACCCACUCUCUUUCCAGAACCCACUGUUCCACAUGGCCGCUGACGGACCUCAAAUCCAGCGCCAGCAUAGUCGUGCUCCGGUGCCUCCACCCCUCCUGCUGGCCCCGGAACCAGACUCCUCCCACCCUGCCUACUUGCCGCAGUUUGCCCGUGGCGCCUUCUCCCGUAGCGAAGACCUAUCAACGCUUAGACCCGGACCGCACCUCGGCCAGCCCAGCAUUGUCCACUCCCACAGCUACAGUGAUGAAUACAGCCGGGAAAAUUACGCCAGAAGGCAACUCUCUAUGCACAUGCAGGAUAACCUCCAGCAGCAGCAGAUGAUGGGCAUGGCCUCACAAACAGGCACUUCUCAUUCCUCACUUGCCUCGCCUCCCACUACUGUCCAGCCUGUCCGUCAGAGCUCCAUGGCUCCGCCUCCCACACAGCGCAUGAAGUCUCAAACCUCCCAUCAGCUUUCUGUGAGCUCUGCCGUGGGUGCAACGCCUCCAAACAAGACGAGGCCUCAGAGUGGAAACUUGCUCCAGUCUCCUGAGUCAGGCUAUGGGGGCAGGCAGCCGGGCCCACGGCAGCAGCUUUCUGUCAAGGACAACACCGCCCCUGGCCUUCCUCAUCAGCACAGCUCCACCCGUGAGAGCCAGGGAUCUCAGGGGUCUCAAGGGGGAACGCCACAGUCAACGCAGCAGUCACACAAGGAGCGGCAACACUCGCAGCAGCACCUACUCAAGCCUUCCAUCAGCAAACAGGGCUCGUCCCCUAAUACUUUGAACCCGCCAACCCCUGCAUCAGAAAGGACAGUGGCCUGGGUGUCCAACAUGCCACACCUUUCUGCUGACAUCGAGAGCUCACGCAUUGAGAGAGAAGAGUUUAAGCUGAAGGAAUACUCCAAAAGCAUGGACGAGUCACGUUUAGACCGGGUCCGGGAGUACGAGGAGGAGAUCCACUCUUUGAAGGAGCGUCUGAUCAUGUCCCACCGUAAGCUGGAGGAGUACGAGCGGAGACUAAUCACUCAGGAGCAACAGACCAAUAAGAUCCUGCUGCAGUACCAGAGCCGGCUGGAUGACAGCGAGAGGAGGCUGAGGCAACAGCAGAUGGAGAAGGACUCCCAGAUUAAAGGAAUAAUCGACAGACUGAUGGUGGUGGAGGACGAGCUGAGGGUUGGGGUAGCAUCAGAGCACAAAGCUAGGAUGUUUGCAGAUCAGGAAGAGCAGCUUCCCUCCCUGGGUUCUCCAGACCCCGGUGUGAGUGUUGGCGGAGGAGAAAUGAGCACCGCUCCUGCCUUUGGAGUCUCUCCCUCGGACAUCUCCUCCGACAACCCGCCCCAGAAUGGAAGCCCACCCCCCAAAGUAGCUUCUCCCACCCAAUCCCCACUUCAUGCACACCUCAGCCGGAACGGAGAGAUGCGUGCCAACCAAAAAGCCUCUAUGGCAAACGGGACCACAACAACAUCAAACAUUGGAAGCGGAUUAGAAGGAGGGGGAGCAGGUCUCUAAUACGCCAAAUCAAAUGAAGAACAAUAACAUCCCUUACUUCUGCCCUUUUUGAUUGUUUUUUUUCCCUGCAUGAGGCACAUCUUUAUUGGGAGGCACUCAUCCUUACACCAUCCACACCAAACUACUAAAAGGGCUCUCUGGUGGAUGGAUCUCAUGUUUCCUUUUGACUGAAAGUCAGCGACUUUUCCACCGUAUAUUUCGCUGGAAUGACAUCGUAGUCCAUCAGUGGUGUCCAGUGAACCAAAUGUGGGUGAUUUCUUGUGGAUGAUUUCCUGAAUUCCUGAAUUUUAGGUUUUUUUAACAAUCAGCUGGGUCACUGACCUUCUGAGUGCUGUGUGAAAUAAAAAGACAUAUAAUUCUCUAAUUCUAAAAAACAACAACAAGUGGGUAAAAGGUCUAAACCUGUUCAGAAAACGCCGGUUUUUCAAGGCUUCUGAAGCAGAUACGCUCGUGUUGUCAUGUCGUCUGGCUUCCUUAGUGCCUUCUCUGCAUUCCUUCAACAGGGUUUUCAAAAACAAGCAACAGAAUUACGAUCUCAACAACGCGUUUUCAUUCCACAUCUCGCAUCUCAUUAACUUUAAAGUGACUCAGACGACGUUGUGAUCUGGUACAGGGAAACGUUUCUUUUUUUGUUUUCUUUCAAAAGCAGAAGAAAUGGUUUCUUUCUUUUUUUUUUCUUCUUUUUUUUUACUUUAACGUCACGCACAACAAGAAGUGCUCUCGGUCUCGGAAAUGUAAAAACGAAUGGAUGCUGCCUCAGUAGACUUGCUGGACUUGUGCAAUGUUUUUCUCUUCUCAAUCUCAGAACCUGUGUGUGAUCAACUGGUGCUAUAGAUUAAGAAAAAAAACACAACAACGAUUUUUUUUUUUAGAUGUUCCUGUCUCAUAGCACUGCCUCACAUUAACCCCAUCAUCCCACCACUUCCUUUCACUCCCAACACCUCGGGGUCCAUUUGUCUUUCCAUGAUGUUUGUACCUACUCUGAAUGUUCAUGGUGUUGUGACUGCAGCAUGAGUUGGUCUCUAUCAGGUUGUCUUCAAACCAAAAUACCACAGCAGGCCAUUACCAGAGAAACCGUUCUCUUUGUGUAUAUCUGUGUGCAUUUUACAGUAUGUUUAUUACUAAUUAUUCUCACUGGUGUAGGGAUCGAAAUACAGAACUAAUAAGCCAUGUCACAGUUAUGUUUCUAUGUAGGUUAAAGUUCAUAAGGUUUAUUUUUAAGUAGCUCAAAUUAUAGGAAACUUUUUAGCUACAAGUAUACAGAGAUGCAACGACAAAAAUUGUAUCAGGACUAAACUAAAUGUUAGCAUAAAAAACAUUAAUAUGACAAUGGACGCUGAGAAAACAAACAUCUGGUAAAACAGCUAUAUUCCAAUAAGUUGCUAAGCUAGACCUGAGCUCCGCCUUCUCAAUUUCUAUUGGUCACAAGACCGAGGCUUGAGAAUUCACAAGUCGGAUUUCAUUUAAAUAAAGUCUGGGAUGCUCAGUUCCUUCCUUAUGACUUAAUUUGUAUCCCUUCUAAGCCCUAGCUACAAACUUAGUCAGAGACUAGCAAUGAUUUUACUGUGAACCGUAAAUAUUGGCACCUCUGCUUACCGUGCCCAAUCGUUUGACAAUCCACACAUCCACAAGUAUCUCUGCCUUAUAAGCUUAUAAACUGUACAAAAUCACGUCAGGUGUUGGCAGAUUUCGUUCAAGUCCGUGUCCAUUUUUGUUUGUGUUCUCAUGAUAAAACUGUCCUAGUGUCAUAAUCAUGACAAGACCUGGCUAAUCCAAUGCAGCAAGCUUUCAAAAGUCUUUUCUAACUCGUUUGUUGAAAGCUUAAAGGCCUUAUAGGACUCGAGUUAGUGAUGAUUGUAAAAAAACGAAUGAUAAUAAUAAUUAGAGGCACAGGCUGUAAGAAGAAUAUGGGUUUACAAUGAGAAACAUUACAAUAUUUAACUGUAAUUCUAAUCAAGUCUAGAGAAGAGCAUGGACUGAUUCACUUUGGUUUCCCCGAAAAACUUUUACUUUAUGGCAUUAAUAUAGGCAUUUUUUAAUUUCAGUAAUAAUAAUAAUAAUAAUGAAACUAAUGAUAAAGGGCAUCCUUAAAGACAUGGUUGAAGGUCUACAGGGUCUCUGGUCGGUGAUAUACCUCAGCCACAGGAAUAAGAGACUCAGGUAAACAUUUUCUUCAAGGCCUACCACAGAGUAGUCGGUCCAUCUCUUCUCUGAGAAGUAGCACUGAUUUCUUCAAACUUCUGCAUCCCCACUCUUUUCGCCACUAUUUUUUUUCUUUGUAUCCCGUCUCUCUCCCACCAGCCAAUCGCACAGCUUUGUGGAGGACAAUCUGGAAUCUAAUUGGACGUCUCAGCUAGGACCGUCCUCGGGAUGGCGCGGCUUUAACGCCAGGGCAUUGUCUCGCGACUCGCUCGCUUGACAGAGAGGAAACUGAGGCUCUGAAACUCUAAGAGCCCCAGGUGACCCAAAGAGAACAUAGGUACCCCCACCACCACCAACCACCAAUACUUCCGUCUGUCUUUUUCCUUCUGCUCUUUCUCAGACUUUGUAGGACAGCUUUUGACACAAAAACGGGCAAGGAUGGUUUCGGGCAUGCGUUCCGUGGAAACCCGUCACCUGUUUAAACGUCUGAGCAAUUCUUUUACACAAAUCUCCAAAAAGACGACGUGGACUUCUUCUGGUCCCGCAGGUGAAGGAGAUGUUUCUGUGGGUGUUUCAAAAAGGUGCUUUUCUUCUAAAGACAUGACAUCCACCGAUUCAUUCAUCACGGCUCUGCCUCUCUUUUUCUCUACUUUUGUCUCCUUUUCUCUCCUUUUCUCUCUCGCUUUUUCUUUUUCUCUCUCUGUUCAUUCGAGGUAUUUAAAUAUGCACACGAAUACGUCAUGGCCAAACGAACCCAUUGUAAGGCGUGAACGGAGAACGCACGUUUUUGUUUGUUUGUUUGUUUAUUUAUUUAUUUAUUUACGGAUUCAUCAUGCCUCGUUAUCGGUUCAGACUUUUUGACGAGAACGCAAAAAUUUGAGAAAUUAGUUUAUUUGGACUUUGUUUCUUUGUUUCUUUUUUUUUUUUUUUUACCUGCUCCCCCGACUUCCACUCUUCCUCCCACCCCACUAUGAUCCGCCUCCGAAAAAAAAAAGAAGCAGACGGAUUAUUUAUUUAUUUGUUUGUUUAUGGAAUUACAAACCUUAAACCGAUUUCCCGGAUGAGGAAACAUUUUCGUUUCUUCUACAUCUCCACAGUUGUCAAAGGUUCACUGGAUUUUGAGAUAACUUGAACUUCUGGACUUUGAGGCUGAGCAGCCUGAACUUUUUCUUUCUUUCUUUCUUUUUUUUUUUUAAGAAUUGCAGAUAUGUAUUUGCAGUUGAAAUAAUGUUGUGUAGUGAGUGAAUGUGUGUAUAUACAGUGUGUGUACAGUGUUUGUGUAUAUACUGAUGUAUGGGUAUAUAUUAUAUGGAUGUGUACAUACAAUUUGUUUAUAUAUGCAUUGUACAGAAUGUAUUUUGUCCGAGAGGAGGAAAAUUUUCUUUCUUUCUUUCUUUUUUUUUUUUGGAGAGAAAAAAAUAUGUGGCAGUUUCGAGGCACGUGUCUCUGGAAGCACUUUUUUGCACAGACUUAACAUACGGAGUCUGAGACGUAUGAUGCAUCACCAUUACGCUGCCACACACCUCGAGCUUGCACCCAUUUCCUCAUUGACUGGGGCAUUUUGUAAUAGUUUCUAGGUGACAAAGCAAUGUUUGUAUAUAUCUAUAUAUUAUCUAUAUACAGAUUAUAACGUAUUUCUCAUAAAUUUUCAUCUUCAUCGCUGGUGAUUCUUACAGCUGGGUGUUUUCAGUGCUCCAGUGUAUGCGUGUGUGUGUGUGUGUGUGUGUGUGUGUGUGUGUGUGUGUGUGUGUGUGUAUAAGCUCGCCUUGAGCUGAAGACAAGUCCGUUUAUAAGGUCAAACCCCUCAAGAUAUUUACCGUCCCAGUUUUAUUCUAUUGACCUUUUUUACACCCAACACCUCCCCCCACCUUCCCGUUCUUUUUCUUGUUUUUUCUAAAAUAUUUUAUUUUCUCUUUAAUCCCUUGGAAAUGGAUGGAGAUCCCAUGAUGUGCCUCCUUCUGCUAAAACCUUCAUUUGACCUUUUUCAGCCAUAAGAAAAAUCAUAUCCAUUCUCCUUCUACAAGCCAUAAGCUUUCCCCACCCCCACCCCCCAAAAAAAAUCUUUUUCGAAAAAAGGGCAGACAUUUGGGGAUUUAAUUCUCUCUCUUCUUUUUUUUUUUUUGUAUAUAUAUAAAUAUAUAUACAUAUAUUAAUGGAAAGAGUGAUCCAUUUGGAGUGUUGCUAAUGUUUAUGGAUUUAUUAUGAAUGUUGAUAUUCUGGUUAUCGAAUUGUAAUUAUUAUUAUUAUUAUUAAUUAUUAUUAUUAUUAUUAAUGUAAUAAUGAUUGGGAUUGCUAUUCUCAUCCUUUAGUUUAUUUAAUGCUGUCGAAAAUGAUGCGUUCAUUUCCAUUUAUUAUUAUUAUGAUUAUUUAUUUUAUUUAUUUGAGUUUUUUUUGACUAAGCAGGUAUUUAUAUUUCGGGGUGGGUGAAGCAUAGAGAUGAAAUUAAUAAGAUGAAUAAAAAUAAAUUCUUAUAACGUGAUGUGAAGGUGUCUGUGUUGCCUUCUAUCUAUCUAUCUAUCUAUCUAUCUAUCUAUCUAUCUAUCUAUCUAUCUAUCUAUCUAUCUAUCUAUCUAUCUAUAUGACAUGAAUAAUCUUGUAGAUUCUUUUGAACAUUUCUCAAAUCUGCCUUUAGAGUCGCAUCACUCAGUAUUUUUGCCAAUAAGUGCAAAACUGUAUUAUUUCUCAUUACUAUUACGAAUGCAGUUUAGUUUUUUUAUAAUUAUACUAAACACACAUGUGCUCUGCAGAUUGUCACUGGAUUGUGAUGAUUUUUUUUUGUAUCCUGAGUUGCAUAAUGAAUUGCACGUUCAAUUACAGGAUUGAUGGAGAACCCAGGAGGAGCUCAGGAACAUCAGACUUAUAAGGCUAAUAGGCUUAUACCCUCAGCCAAUCUUUAUUUAUUUGCAUUUUCUUUUCUUUCUUUUUGUCCUGAUUUGACAUUAUUGGUGCAAAGAAAGAAAAAUAUUACACAAUGUUUUAAUGUUGUUUUUCUUUUUUUCACC